AUGCUGUUUGAGAAGACUAUUGCAAUGUUGCCGGCGAUUGUGCCGACCCUGAUGUUCCUCAUGUAUAAGGGAUAUCACAGAACAAUCCCAUUCACUACUGAAGAGUUUGAUCGAGAAUAUGAUUAUAUUGUCGUGGGCGCGGGAUCGGCGGGUGCGGUGGUGGCCAGUCGUCUGAGUGAAGACCCUCACGUCAAAGUGCUUUUACUCGAAGCGGGUGGCCAUGAAGUGUGGCAAAGCGAGAUACCUAUGCUUGCGGCCCGACUCCAGAUGUCUGAGUAUGACUGGCAGUACAAGACUGAGCCUCAGAAGUACGCGUGUCAGGGCAUGAAGGAGCACCGGUCUAACUGGCCCCGGGGCAAAAUACUCGGCGGCUGUUCGGCCAUUAAUUACAUGCUUUACGUUCGCGGCAAUAAACGUGAUUACGAUUACUGGGAGAGUUUGGGUAACUAUGGCUGGGGUUAUAACGGGGUGUUUCCCUAUUUUAUUAAAUCCGAGGACAAUCGCGAUCCCGACGUUUUGAAGAAUGGUUAUCACGGUCACGGCGGGCACCUAACUGUGUCAACAACUCAUUACACGACUCCAAUCGGUGGCGCUUUCCUACAGGCGGCCAAACAGUUUGGUUAUCCAAAUAUUGAUAUUAACGGCGCUCGACAAUCAGGUUUCGCUAUACCUCAGGGAAACAUACGCCGUGGGGCUCGUUGUUCAACGGGAAAGGCUUUCAUCCGCGACGUCCGGGGCCGCAAAAACUUCCAUACAGUCAUCUACGCGCACGUGACCAAGGUCAUCUUCAACAAACAUAAGAGGGCCGUAGCCGUCCAGUUUGACCGCAAGGGUUUGAAACACAUAGUAUACGCUCGAAAAGAGAUUAUAUUAUCUGCCGGUGCCAUAAAUUCGCCACAAUUGCUCAUGUUAUCGGGCAUUGGCCCCCGAUAUGACUUAGAGGAGUUGGGAAUCCCUGUGAUUGUGGACGCGCCAGGGGUGGGACAAAACCUUCAGGACCACAUAGGGGUGGGUGGCCUACAAUUUCACGUCAACGCACCCGUGUCUGUAGUGCAGCCCCGGGUAUAUGUGGCCAAAUCGUUCACUCAAUGGAGCACUUUGGGUAUCGGACCCUUGACUAUGUUGGGAGGGCUGGACGGCAUCGGAUUUAUUAAUACCAAAUACGCCAAUCAGAGCGAUGACUGGCCGGACGUUGAGAUACAUUUCAUACCGUCCUGUGCCUCCUCUGAUGGCGGAGAGUCUAUCCGUAAAGCUAUGAAUCUUAAGGAUGAACUCUUCCGCAAAGUUUACGAACCCUUUCUAUACGAAGACUCUUAUGCUUAUUACCCGGUUUUGUUGAGACCCCGGAGUGUCGGGUGGAUGAAACUCCGAUCGGCCAGCCCUUACGAUCAGCCAAUUAUACAACCAAAU